AAUAUCUCUCCCAAUAGUCAACAUUUCCCUAUGAAAACUCUCUCUCUUUCUCCCUGAAACCUCCGCAAUGGGUUCCCUAGAAACCGAGAAGCUGGUCCAAGACUCCCUCUCCGACCACCACAAGCCUCCGCCGCUGCCGCCAUCAGCCGCCACCUACUUCCAACCGAAAGCUUCCAAGAACCGCCUCCUCUCGCUCCUCCUCGAGCCCAUCCAAUGGCUCCGGAUGCUGUCCGACAACCUCAACCCGACCUUCGUCCUCGGCGUCUUCGUCGUGUACGGCCUCAACCAGGGCUUCGCCGGCUCCUUCUUCAAGGUCGUCUCCGACUACUACUGGAAGGACGUCCAGCGAGUCCAGCCCUCCGCCGUCCAGCUCUACAUCGGUUUCUAUUACAUCCCCUGGAUCAUGAAGCCCCUCUGGGGCCUCCUCACCGACGUCUUCCCCGUGAUGGGCUACCGCCGGAGGCCCUACUUCGUCGCCUCGGGGGUUCUCGGGGUGGCCUCGGCGAUGGCAGUGGCAGGGGGGAAGCUGCUGGUGCCUCUGGCGCUGACAUUCCUGACGGGGCUGACGGCUUCCCUGGCCAUUGCCGACGUGACGAUUGAUGCGUGCGUGGCGCACAACAGCAUCAAGAUGGCGGCGCUGGCGCCGGACAUGCAGAGCCUCUGUGGGUUGUGCUCGUCGGCCGGAGCAUUGAUCGGGUACUCCACCAGCGGUUUCUUCGUUCACCACAUCGGAGCUCAGGGAGCUCUGGGUGUAUUAGCAAUUCCGCCAGCCUUGUUGAUAGUUCUUGGUUUUGUAAUUCAUGAAGUGAGAACAGACGUUCUAAAUUCCGAGAAGAAGAAAAAGGCGACGGAGAAAAUAGGAGCGGCGGUGAGAGGCAUGUACGAAACGAUAAAACUCCCCCAAGUAUGGAAGCCAUCUCUCUACAUGUACCUGUCCUUCUCUCUCAACAUCAGCACGCACGAAGGCCAGUUCUACUGGUACACCGACCCGAAAGCCGGCCCCGCCUUCUCCCAGGAGUUCGUCGGCAUGGUCCACGCCAUCGGCGCGCUCGCCUCCAUGGUCGGCGUCCUCAUCUACCAGAAGAACCUGAAGGACUGCUCGUUCCGGAAGCUCCUGUUCUCCGUGCAGUUGCUGUACGGCGUCACCGGGAUGCUCGACCUCAUCUUCGUCCGGCGGUGGAACCUGGCGCUCGGGGUGCCCGACUCGUUCUUCGUCAUCGCGGAGGAGUGCGUGUCGCGGGUCGUGAGCCGGAUCCGGUGGAUGCCGAUGAUCGUGCUCAGCACCAAGCUGUGCCCUCUCGGGAUCGAGGGGAUGUUCUUCGCGCUGCUCAUGUGUAUCGACAGCCUAGGGUUCCUGAGCUCCAAGAUGGGAGGAGGGCUGGUGCUUAACCUGAUGCACGUCACCAGGACGGACUUCAGUAACCUGUGGCUGGCCCUCCUGAUAAGGAACGUGCUGCGGCUCGCCACGCUGGGCCUGAUCUUUCUGGUCCCGGAGGCGGAGCAGUCCGACGUCAUCGUUGCCUCCGGCGCGUUGAGCAAUAAGAGAGGACACGAGAAUGGCAAAGACGCCGACGACGAUGACGACGACGGCCACCACCACCACCGCCAUGAAGGGUUACAACUUGUUCCUAUGAGUGAGAAAAGCGAGGUUUAACACUAAUCGAUUUUGUACAGACAUCGAGGCAUCUAUUACAUUAAUUGAUAUAAAUUUUAAAAAAAUUUCGUUGCAUAUCAUUGA